GCACGAUGGCUGAAGAGGCUAAGGUGGAAUCUCAGGAGACUGAACAGCCUGUCGCAGCAGAGGCUGAGGCAGCAGGCGACUCUGCUGAGACCGAGAAGAAGCCAUCCAAGUCCUUCGAGGAGAGGCUGGCUGAGCUCAACAAGCCCGAUCCUGUGCCGCAGCCUGACCAGGACAAGGUGAAUGAGAAGCUCUCGAGGCUCAAUGCUCAGAUCGAGAAGUGCGAAAAGCGCCUGACGGAGAUCAAGGCUGCUCUUGAGAAGGCCAACAGCCUGCGCGAUGGAAGCAAGAGCGAGUCCAAGGCGAUUGUCGAGCAGCUCAAGGCCGCCCGUGCCAAGAUCAAGGCCGCCAGCGCCGACAAGGAGGCAGCCUUCCAGCAGCUCCGCGAGCUUACCUCCAACAGGCAGGCCCAGCAGAAGAACCUCCAGGACCUCCGCAAGAGCCUCAAGUUCGAGGACGUGGCACAGGUGGAGGCCAAGGUGAAGGAGCUGGAAGCUCAGAUCGAGACCGGGCAGUGCACAAACCUCGCGCACGAGAAGCGGGUGAUGCAGGAGAUCAAGAGCCUUAACUCAACCAAGUCCAUGAUCCUCCACUACCAGUCCCAGCGCAGCCAGGUAGUCGAUGAUGCAGAUGCUAAGGCAGCCCUCGAGCAGAGGAAGGCCGAGGCGACUGCCAGGCUUGACCAGGCCAGGAAGGAGGCAGAGACUCUUGAGAAGGCUCUGGAUGCGGUCAGGGGCAAGCAGCAGGACAAGGGUCCCAAUGUUGGUGAACUCUGGAAGGAGCAGAAGGAGCUCUACUCGCAGAUCAAGGAGCACCGUGCUGAGAUCCGCAAGGUGAACAAUGAGUUCAAAGAGGAAGUGAGCAAGUGGAAAGACUUCCAGAGGGCAAUGAACGGCUACAAGAGAGCCAAGGAUCGUAUCAUGAACGAGCAGCGCAGAGCGGAGCUUGCCAAGAGGAGAGAGGAGGCUGAGGGCCCGAUCGAUGCGGACCUCCCUUCGGACAACCCUCUCAUUGGACACCCGUGGGCUGAUGAGAUCUUGCAGUGUCAGGACCUCGAGAAGGUUCUCUCCUCGUUCUUGCCCAAGGACACCAAGGAGGAUGGGGGGGCUCCUGAGGCAGCCAAGGCGAGUGCAGGGGAGAUGACAUUGAACAACAAGGGGGUAUACGAGGGGGGAAAGAAAGCCAACCUCGACGACGACAUGUUCAGCGGCCUUGUGGCGGAGAAGAAGAAGAAGAACAAGGGGAAGGGGAACGCAGAGUCUGCUCGCAUCACCCUGACGCUCGACACCAUCUCGACCCUGGGCUCCAUCGGCGUUUCCAUCCCAACGAAAGUUGCUGAUGUCGCCGCCUGCAUCGAGAAGGUGAAGGAGAAGAAGAAAGCCUUCGAGGGCAUGACCGAGGAGGACAAGAAGGCUGCCAAGGCUAAGGCCGGCAACGCUGGCAACAAGAAGGGAGGGAAGGGCGAUCGCUCGGACAAGUCAGGCGCUGACAAGGAUGAGCUCGUCAACGUUGACAUCUCCGCUAAGGGAGCGGACAAGGUCCAGGUCAAGAUUGACUAUCCUCCUUUGACUGUUGGCGCCUAAAGGGGGAGGAGUCGAGGAUGUCAUGGGGUUGCGGCGCGUGGUGCGAUGAAUGGUUUCCGAUCUUUAUAUUCACAUGAUGUACUUUCAUAAACUUGCAGUAUUCGUUGUC